AUGGCCACUGCUAAUAAUAAUGACGCUGGUUCUAAAGAUUGGCUUAAAGAAAGAGCUGCUAUAUCUGCCGCCCAUCGAAGACAAAAGACUGACCCGGCAGCAUCAAAACUUGUUGACCAAUUACACAAAGAACGCAUUCAAGGAAAUUCCGAAGAAACAGGUAAAUUAUUAUUAUUAAAGCAUCAUUAA